AUGUCAGGCAGGAGAGGUAAGAUAAUAAAUCCCAGGACAAGAGGUGCUGUUCGAAAUGUUGGAUUUCGAAAUCUGAUAUCGGACCCAUUUGCGAUAUCAUCUAUACUAAUCGGUCUAAUAUCCUGGGUUAUCACACUUGGUGGUUGCAUAUCUGUACAAGUUAAUGAGGACUUUCCGAGAUUUACAUGGUGGGGUAUAGCUUUUCAAUUUUUAAUCAUUUUAAUGCUAAUCGGGUUCUACAUAUAUGACCUUGUCGAUUAUUACAGAAAUUUUUUAACAGCUUCCAUAGGUGUUGCGUUUGUAUACUCUACAAAUAGUGCCAAUUAUUUGAUCUAUGGUUCAGGUAACCAGAAAGCUGCAGCAUCUGCUGGUGUAGUUCUUUUAUCAAUGGUUAAUUUAAUAUGGAUUUUUUACUAUGGUGGUGAUAAUGCCUCCCCAAUAAAUAGAUGGGUCGACUCUUUCUCACUUAAUGGCAUCAGACCUUCUCCAUUUGAAGCUGCAAAGAUCAAGGCGUACAGGAGAUCUAGUAAGCAAACCCAGUUCCGUGGAUCCUCUGUGAAGCUGACUCACAGCACUAACAAUCUACAUAGUGCUUCUGAGAAUUUGGGACUAGACAAUGGCUUUUAUAACAAUCCUCACACUUCCAACUACGUUUCAUCAACGGCACUUACAGAAUUUGAGAACACGGGCCCACCUUACCCAUCUGCAAGCGACUUGCCUACCAACAACAACGCUCCGUUGAGAUCACCACAACUUGGUAACAAUACUAUCGGUGACACAUAUAUUACCGCAACUACCAAUAAUAAUACAAAUACUACAAUGGGGGACACGAUGGGGCUCUACGCCGAUCUGGCUGACGAGAGUUUCCCUUACAGAGUUAAGGCGCUUUACUCUUACGAGGCGGAUUCCGCUGAUGCAUAUGAGAUGUCCUUUGAACAGGGCGAAAUAUUAAUGGUUAGUGAUAUAGAGGGCAGAUGGUGGAAAGCGAAGAAGGAAUCGGGUGAGACGGGUAUUAUACCAAGCAAUUAUGUUACGAUAAUAGACAACGAUACCGAAGCCUAG